CCAGGGUGCUGCUGCCCACGGCUUGAAGGUGGUUAUUGUGAUUGUCACAUGGCACUUGAAAUGCAUUGCCAGGGUAGUCGGUGUCAUCCUUCCCUCUGAGAAGACAUCAGACAAAGGUGGCGUCGUAUUUGUUAGACCCGAGACCUGCAGCCCCACCAGGCGGUUCCAUCCACCAACCGUGAAGACAGACGGUGAUCAGACACAUGGGUUAGGUGCCUGCUGUGUCUCAGAGUCAGCUAAGCUCCUGGAAGCAAACCCUUCCCUUCCCUCGGAUCCAGUGUCAUCCAUGUCCUGCAGGAUCUCUGUCCCUCAACCAUGGGAAGCAGCUCAUCCACCCAGCACCACUUUGCGUUUCAGAACGCUGAGAAAGCCUUCAAGGCAGCGGCCCUGAUCCAGAGAUGGUACCGGCGCUACAUGGCCCGCCUAGAAAUGAGGCGGCGAUGUACCUGGAACAUCUUCCAGUCUAUAGAGUAUGCUGGACAGCAAGAUCAGGUCAAGCUCCACGAAUUCUUCAGCUACCUUGUGGACCACUUCACUCCCAGCAGCAGCCACGAGAGAGACUUCCUGAACCGCAUGUUCACCGAGGAGAGAUUCGCCCAAGAUGUGGAGACAGAGGAGGGCGGCGAUUUUGAAUCCAUAGAGGUGCCAGACAGCUAUAUGGGGCCACGCCUCUCCUUCCCCCUUCUUCCUGAUCAUGCCACCGCCCUGGUGGAAGCUUUCAGGCUGCGACAACAGCUCCAUGCUCGCUAUGUCUUGAAUCUUCUGUAUGAGACCAGAAAACACCUGGCCCAGCUGCCCAACAUCAACCGAGUCUCCACCUGCUACAGCGAGGAGGUCACAGUGUGUGGAGAUCUACAUGGCCAGUUGGAUGAUUUAAUAUUUAUAUUUUAUAAGAACGGUCUGCCGUCACCAGAGAGAGCAUACGUGUUCAACGGUGACUUCGUGGAUCGAGGCAAGGACUCUGUAGAGGUCCUGAUGGUUCUCUUUGCCUUCAUGUUGGUAUACCCUAAGGAGUUCCAUCUUAACAGAGGAAACCAUGAGGACCAUCUAGUGAACCUACGAUAUGGCUUCACCAAGGAAGUGAUGCAUAAAUACAAGAUACAUGGGAAGAAAAUCCUAAGGACACUUCAAGAUGUCUUCUGCUGGCUUCCAUUGGCCACUCUGGUUGAUGAGAAAGUCCUUGUUCUUCAUGGCGGGGUCUCAGACAAGACAGACCUGGAACUUCUGGCUAAACUGGACAGGCACAAGAUUGUUUCUACCAUGAGGUGCAAAACAAGAAAGGAAAGUGAGACUCGGGAGGAGCAGAAGAGAAAAGAUAACCAGACAAGCUCUGGGCAGAAGCCUACUCCGUGGUUUCUUCCUCAAAGCCGCUCUCUGCCCUCUUCGCCUUUUCACCUGGGCUCUGGAUUUAAGGCCUACAAAGCCGGCAGGUCCUGCAGCAUCCCCUGUGGCUCCCCUGACAGCAAAGAGCUAUCUCGGAGGGGCCAGGUGCAGCACUCAGUGGACCUAGAACUGGAACAGUGCCGGCAACAAGCCGGCUUCCUGGGGGGCUUCCUGGGGAUCAAAGAGAAGGGGAAGUACCUGCCCGACUGUGUUGCUGAUGCUGGAGGGAUGCUGGAGCCCACCCCUGAGGAGUGGAAGCAGGUUGUAGAUAUUCUGUGGAGUGACCCCACGGCUCAGGAGGGCUGCAAGGCUAACACUGUCCGAGGAGGAGGCUGUUACUUUGGCCCUGACGUGACAGAACAGUUGAUGGAGAAAUACAAGCUGCAACUCCUGAUCCGUUCGCAUGAAUGCAAACCUGAAGGCUAUGAGUUCUGUCACAACCGCAAGGUGUUAACCAUCUUUUCUGCCUCCAACUACUAUGAAGUUGGCAGCAACAGAGGAGCCUACGUCAAGCUGGGGCCAGCCCUGACUCCACAUAUCGUGCAGUAUCAAGCUAACAAGGCGACCCACAGGCUAACCAUGAGGCAAAGGAUCAGCAGGGUGGAGGAGUCGGCCCUCAGAGCCCUGCGACAGAAAUUAUUUGCUCAUUCGUCGGACCUGCUUGUUGAGUUUAGGAAGCACGACCCGGAUGAGAGCGGUGUCAUCACCCUGAGUGACUGGGCGACUGCCGUGGAGUCUGUGCUGCACCUGGGGCUGCCCUGGCGGAUGCUGCGGCCACAACUGGUGAACAGUUCAGCGGAUAAUGCGUUGGAGUACAGGUCCUGGUUGGACAGCUUGGCCAAAGAACAGCUGAGUCGAGAGAACAUUCAGUCGAGUCUGCUGGAAAAGCUCUAUCGAAACCGAUCCAACUUGGAGACCAUUUUUAGGAUCAUAGACAGCGAUCAUUCAGGAUUCAUCUCCCUGGAUGAGUUCAGGCAGACUUGGAAACUCUUCAGCUCCCACAUGAGCAUCGACAUCACAGAUGACGCCAUCUGUGACCUUGCCAGAAGCAUCGACUUCAACAAGGACGGCCACAUCGACAUCAAUGAGUUCCUGGAGGCCUUCCGCCUCGUGGAGCAGUCCUGCUCGGAAGGCCACACCUCUGCUCGCCCGCAGUCCACAGACACAGCUGAGAGUGGCCACAGCAGUCCAGGCCCAUGCUGAGGAUAGCCUGGUCCAUACUCAAAGUGCCUAAGGCGAUGCCGAGUUUAUGACUCCACAUGGACUUGGACUUUAUCCUGAGAAUUUGCCACCACAAAGCGUUCAAAUCAAGAAUUACCUGUGUGGACUGGAGAGAUGGCUCUGCGGUUAAAAGCACUGACUGCUCUUCUAGAGGUCCUGUGUUCAAUUCCCAGCAACCACAUGGUGGCUCACAACCAUCUGUAAUGGGAUCCGAUGCCCUCUUCUGGUGUGUAUGAAGACAGCUACAGUGAACUCAUAUACAUUAAAUAAAUAAAUUAA